UCCAGGACACAUGUCAGCUAUCUGUCACGAUAUAGUUCAUCUAACGGCUAUAAGAAGUUCUGAUUGUAUAUUUCUGUUACCUUUUGUACAGAAAAAUUUCAAGAUCAAGAAAGCUUUCAAAACAGUCACUACAGACUAUAAGUUCAAGAAUCAAGAAACUAGACGAUAUUUUUUUCUUUCUUUCUUCAAACUUUCCAAGAAAAUGAAUAAUCCCCAUCAUAUCUAUCACCAAAACGACACAGUUGAGAUAGUCACACUCGCAGAAACUAUAAUAUACUUCCCUGCGAGAAUUCUUGAAGUUAUUGGAGAAGAUCACCAGAACUACAGAGUAGAGUACCUAACCCGCUUCUCCGACGAAGCCUUAACGACGCCACUGAUCAAGGUGCUUCCCUAUGCGGUUUUGAAACCUACUCCGCCAGAAUUGAAUGAUAGAUUUUUUGUGGAAAGUGAUACGGUUGAUGCUUAUAUUGACGGUUACUGGAAAAUGGGCGUACUUAUUGGAAAUUUUCAUGGUCCUGAUUACAUUGUAAUGAUGAAUCCAGAACCAGUUACUACUGAUCGGAUCAGGUUUCACGGUGACUGGAUUUCAAUUCCUCGUUUCUGGCUUCCAUUGUCCUCCUCAAAUGAUCGUUUUCCGGAUCUGAUUGUUCGCCAUAUGCAAAAUGGUUAAUAAUCUGCAGCAUUUGAUGACAGAUCACAGAAUAUAUAUUUUAAAGACUACCGGAGGAAGAUUUGGCAAUGAUUUUAAUUUGGACUGUAUCUAGAAAUUUUAGUACCUUCUUUAAUACAUUAAUUUUCUUAUUGUAUUAAGUAUAUUCAUAUGAUUGUUAAUCUAUGAACUGAUAUAGUGAUCAUGUUAUAUAACUAA